AUGUCUUGUAGACCGGUCGCUGCGGCCACCCCUUUGGCCCGAUUGCUUAUUCGUGCGAGCCGUCGUCGAAGCCCGAAGCGUUCCCAAUACAACCAGCCCGCGCUUCGCUAUGCCUCAACAACAGCUUCCGCCUUUCCUGCGAACCUCCAAGGGCUAGAACUGCCUAAUAUCGCGCCAGCGACGAAGGUGACGACGCCCCAAACGCUGACGGAGAAGAUUCUUCAACGCUAUUCGGUCGAUCUUCCGAAGGGCAAGGUUGUCCGAAGUGGUGACUACGUCCAGAUUCGACCUCACAGAUGCCUCACACACGAUAAUACCUGGCCUGUGGCCAUGCGAUUCAUGUCCACAGGUGCUACCAAAAUCAAGGAUCCUUCUCAGCUGGUCUUUGCACUGGAUCACGAUGUACAGAACACGAGCCCCAGUAAUUUGAAGAAGUAUCAUCAGAUAGAGGAGUUUGCGAAGAAGCAUGGGGUCGAAGAGCUUUUCGUUUGGCCUGGAACCUUAUGCGUUGGAUCUGACAGCCACAGCAACAUGUACGGAGCCCUGGGCAGCUUGGGAGUGGCCUUGGUCAGGACCGACGCGGCUGGAAUAUUUGCUACUGGGAAGAGUUGGUUCCAGUGUCCCCCGGUCGUGCAGGUGAAUCUUCUAGGCACACUACCCCCCGGCGUUCGGGGAAAGGAUGUUAUUAUUGCGCUUUGUGGGCUCUUCCCACUGGAUGUGCUGAACCACAGCGUUGAAUUUUCGGGAUCGGAGGAAACUAUGGCUAGUAUCCCCAUGGACGACAGACUGACAAUCAGUAAUAUGUCGACUGAGUGGUCUGCAACAUCCGCAAUGUUUCCGUUGGACGCGACACUAGAACGUUGGCUCCGGUACAAGGCUACAGAGGCAGCAAUGUUCCCGGAUCGAACGACUCGUCAACGAAUUACGCACGAAAUGGUUGAUGAACUCUUUUCCGAUCCUCUCCGGCCUGACCCUGGAGCGCACUAUGCAAAGAAACUCUACCUUGACCUCUCUACUCUGUCGCCUUAUAUCUCUGGACCUAACUCCGUCAAAAUUUCGACACCCCUGCAUGACCUCGCCCCCAAAAACAUCAAGAUAGACAAAGGAUAUAUUGUAAGCUGCACUAACUCGCGAAGCUCAGAUCUGAAGGCUGCAGCCAAGGUAUUUCAAGAUGCCGCCAAGUCAAAUGGUGGUCGCAUUCCCAAGAUUGCAGAUGGCGUUAAGCUAUACAUUGCAGCAGCUUCAGCCAGAGAGCAGGCUUAUGCCGAGGAGGCAGGUGACUGGCAGACUUUGGUCGAGGCUGGAGCUACCGUGCUCCCAGCUUCAUGUGGCCCAUGUAUUGGACUGGGCACAGGUCUACUAGAGGAUGGCGAAACGGGAGUUUCUGCAUCAAACCGCAAUUUCAAGGGCCGUCUGGGAUCAAGACUUGCUCACGCGUACCUGAGUAGCCCCGAAGUUGUGGCUGCGAGCGCCCUGAACGGCGUUCUUUCAGGUCCCGGCGUGUACGAGGUGCCGGAAAACUACACUGGCGUAAAGUACGGUUACGGCACCGGAAAACCUGCAUCUAUCGAAAACCAGCUCGGCAAUGCCCUUGAACAGCUCGAGUCUCUUAUCGACAGGGUUGAGACGACUGCUGGUAUCGACGAUGCUACUGCCCAAGCGGUCACGAAGAUCCUCCCAGGCUUCCCAGCCAAGAUAAGCGGUGAAAUUAUUUUCGCUGACGCUGACAAUCUGGACACCGACAACAUCUAUGCUGGCAAAUAUACCUACCAAGACUAUAUGACGGUGGCAGAUAUGGCAAAAGUCUGCAUGGAGAAUUAUGACCCGGAGUUCAGGUCAAUCGCAAAGCCCAACGAUAUCCUCGUCUCAGGGUUUAAUUUUGGGUGUGGCUCAUCAAGAGAGCAAGCCGCAACAGCUCUUCUGGCUAGGGAAAUCCCUCUUGUUGUGGCGGGCAGCUUCUCGAACAUAUUUGUCCGGAACGGCGUGAACAAUGCACUGCCUUGUCUGGAAUUGCCACGUUUAGUGGAGCGUCUUCGCACCGUCUUCUCAGAAAAGAAUGUCCCUACCCGGCGGACAGGCUGGACCCUGACAUGGGAUAUUGCCCGGAGCAUUAUUGAGGUACAGGAGGGGGAGAAUGGGGAACGCUGGCAGCAGAAAGUUGGGGAGUUUCCUGAGAAUCUGCAGGAGAUCAUAGCCAAGGGGGGUUUGGUAGGAUGGGUCAAGUCUGAGCUUGCGAAGGCUGCUUAA